UGCUCGAGAAGCUCCGGCACAGCCAGCCGCUUGUCUCGUUCACGAUCGACUUUGUACUUCCUGCUCGUUAAUAACACCUGACAAGACGUUCCACCGUACGAACAAAGAAACUCAAUUAGCAAGAGCUUUCAAGUGCGCGAUAAGAGACGACACUUGCAAAAAGGAAAAGAAAAAUCGACGUUGCCUUUCGAACGAUUGUCGACCAGUCGAAGAACUGGCCACCCUUGUCUGAAGGAUGACAGAGAGUCGUGUGAACCGGCAGAGAAGCGCCAAGUGUCCACGGCAAUAGUAUAAUAAUCGACUCGCUGCCACGGAAAAGCAGGGAAGAACCGCGCCGUCUCGACGGUGCGUCUAAAACGAUCAGGAAAUCCAAACUCGAAGACAGAUGGUGGAGGCAGGGAGGACUAAAAAUAUCGGCCGCUGGCACGCCGCUCGCUUCAACUUGAAUAGUUUCGCCGGCUGGAGAACGGACCGUUCCAUGGUUGUGCGUCGGCUCUAAUUCCGUUCAAAACUAGCAGACGUUGAUUAGUUAAAGGGAGGGAAUCGGUCGAAACGGUGCAACUCUCUCCUCCAGUGUCUUUCCCUCGUCGUUUGCUUAUCCAACCUUGGAGAGAAGAAUUUUUCUCAAUGUUGAAAAUAACAAAUUGUAUUGACGCAACAUCGACGAACCAUGUUCUCUGUCAAGCGAAGUGUUGAACGAAACUUUGACUCGCGAAUGUUUCAAGUAUGAAAACGAUAGACAAGAAGCGUACGAGUGCGGAGGGCUUCUAACGAGCGUCGAGUGGCCGCUUUGAAGCGAACUCCCGUGCCACAAGACCGAUUCAGGAGCACCGCGGAGAGCAAAAGACUUUUAGCCCCUCCACGAGGCCCCGAGGUUCUCUUCCACUCAUGGUGUUUUACGGCGAGCUUGUUUGAAAUUCUUCGCGUGGAGUCGCGCGGCCGUAUUUAUAGAGCCGCGCGCGGACUCCGCGAGUUCACGCACGUAGAAUCAAGCGUGCGUGCGUGCGUGCGUGCGCGAACGCGAGGCGGAGGAGAGGAAGGAAGAUAAAGGAAGGAGGAUUGGCAGCGGUGGUGGAGGCCAAGAGGGAAACGAAGAGACGAACACUGGAGAGAAGGACAGAGGCAGCAGUCACCGUGAAAACGAAGAGGAAGCGAGAGGAGGAAGGUCGGCGUCGACGAAGGGACAAGCACGCGGGCACGUCGCGAUCAUGAAGCGAUGCAUCCGCGACAGGAGCACCGGCCCGCUUCGUCGUCGAGCACGUCCUCGACGUCGUCGAACUGUCUGCGCUCGCUGCCCCCACUGGCAGCUCUCGAUUCACCGGGCAUGAUCGCUCGGCUGUUCGGGGCGAACGCGGCCCUCCUGUUCCUCCUGCUGUUUCUCGUCACCGUGCACACCGCAGUCUGCCUCGAUCCCGUUCCGAGCGGAAACGGGACAUUGGCGACUGACGGGAACAAUGGCACUAGUUGGCAGCGCGUAGUCGAUCAGGAUGCCGUGCAGCAGUUACCAAAGAGCAGAGCGACGAAACUAUCGUACUUCACGAAUUGGAGCGAAUGGAGCGUCUGUGAUCGACACUGUACGCAGAAUCGCGUUCGAAGGUGUCGCGUGAAGAAGAAAUGUAGCAACACGAUACUUAGGGAAGAACGAACCUGUCAGCACAACAACAGGAAGAGUAGGUGGAGGAGAUGCAAGCAACAUCAGCGACGAGGCCAUCGUCAGGAUAAAUUUCACGUUAUACAGGUACCCAGGAAGGAAGCAGAACCUAGACAAGGGAAACAGAGAGGCAAAGACCAAUCUGUAGGGUAUUAUGGCAAAUGGAGCAAAUGGUCACCAUGUACAAGACUAUGUACCACUCAACGUCACAGGUGGUGCAAGAAACCUGGAAUUUGCGGGCGCGACGUGAUAAGAGAGAGCGCGUACUGUUACGUGGAGGGUAGCUUCUGCCAAAGAUGGGUCCAUCGAAAAAUUCGUGGAAGCCAGGAAGAGGAUAUCGACGGUGAAUAUAACGAGCCGCUCAGUUCCUCGAAGGAAUAUUCGUUACUUUUUAUUAUCGCAGAUAUCGUAUUAGACGAGUUCGAGCUGAAUCCCAAUAUGGUCGACAGUUUCAUUCCGGAGAAAAACUCUCAUACUUGGAAAUGCGGAGUUCCGCAAAAAACUUCUCCGCUCUCCUACUUCACCAGGAUCAUCGGUGGUCGUCCGUCCACUCCAAGAAGUUGGCCCUGGCAGGUUGCCGUGUUGAACAGAUUUCGUGAGGCGUUCUGUGGUGGUACUUUGGUUUCGCCAAGAUGGGUAUUAACCGCAGCACACUGUAUCAGGAAACGACUUUACGUUCGGAUUGGGGAGCACGAUUUGACCGUGAAGGAGGGCACUGAAUUGGAAUUGAGGGUGGAUUCGGUGACGAUACAUCCCGAAUACGACGCGGACACAGUGGACAACGACGUUGCGAUGCUGCGUCUUCCGGUCACGUUGACAGCGUCGUCGUCCAGAGGAGUAGCUUGCCUUCCAGCGCCUAACCAGCCUCUACCCGCCAAUCAACUGUGCACAAUUAUUGGCUGGGGAAAAUCGCGAGUCACCGACGACUUCGGGACCGAUGUUCUUCACGAGGCUCGGAUACCCAUAGUAUCUUCAGAAGCGUGUCGAACCGUCUACGAAGACUACAGAAUCACCGAUAACAUGUUCUGCGCGGGAUAUCGUCGCGGAAAGAUGGAUUCAUGCGCGGGUGACAGCGGAGGACCCCUUCUGUGCCAAGAUCCCAGGAGACCUAAUCGCCCCUGGACCAUAUUUGGCAUCACGAGUUUCGGCGAAGGUUGCGGAAAACGCGGAAAGUUCGGGAUAUACGCCAAACUGUCCAACUACGUUCGUUGGAUCAGCAAAGUGAUGAAAGAGAUCGAUGAUUGAAACUUUCGCGCGUUGACACGACCUUCGCAUUCGUGUACUCGUGUGCUGUACAUUAUCGUGCUCAGUGCUAUUAUCUGUGACUGGUAAUAACGUUAGAACUGGUAAGAACAAUAUCCAGUGUACUUUUAACAUGAUUAACGUUAAGGACAAUCCGAACGACAGAGAAACCAUUCUGACUGCCAUUGUUCGCUCGAAGCGAAUGCCAUUUAUUACACAUUUCUCUCUGUAACGAUACAACAUCACUUUGUAUACCGUUAACGAUCGUUUCGCACAACUGAACGA